AUGGCGUUCAUCGAAGUAAAGGAGGCCAUUAAACUCUUUAGGGAUUUCCUUCGGCGAAACGACAGCAUUCCCCAUGAUAAUCUUGACGAUUUCUGCAGAAUACUUGAAAAUCUACUCGGCGAAAAGUACAAGAAUCAUUGGCAUCCACAAAGACCACACAAAGGCUCAGCAUUUCGCUGUCUGAGGUUGUCCAACAGGCAUAUGGAUUCCGUUAUCAUGACAGCUGCAAGGGAAAGUGGAGUUACAGAACAAGAUUUAGCGCGAACUCUGCCAACAGAACUUACAGUUUGGAUCGAUCCAUUUGAAGUCUCAUACAGGAUAGGCGAAGAAGGCUCAAUUUGUCAGUUGUUUCAAGGUUCCAUAGAAGAUGUGACUGGUCAGAGCAAAACGAAAAUGGCGCAAGUCGCACCGUCGCCUUGUCGAGUUGAGUCACAGGCAGUGACUGGAUUCGAGAAUCCUAACGAAACUUUACAAGAAUGUCAGGUUGAUGUUGCUUAA